AUGGUCGACAAAGUGGAUAUGUCUCUCGAUGAUAUCAUCAAGUCCAACCGUUCGUCCUUCAAAACUGGCCGAGGAGGCCGCGGUGGACCCCGUCGGGGUGGAGGAGGCGCUCGUCCCAGAGGCGCUCGAGCUGUGGGCCCAGCCCGAAAAGCCUUCUCCACCGGAGCGGGCAGAAAAUUCGCCCCCAAAGGAUCGCCAGCAAAGAAAAACAAUGGAUCGUCCGGAGAUCGCUGGCAGCAUGAUAAAUUCCGCGGACCUGCCGCAAACGGAACAGCACCUAAUCGUGAUGGCUCUUCGAAGCUGACUAUCAGCAACCUACACUAUGGAGUAUCAGACGCCGACAUCAGGGAACUUUUUAACGAGUUCGGAGCCUUGAAAAAAGCUGCGGUACACUACGAUCGCUCCGGUAGAAGCCUCGGCACGGCCGACGUCAUUUUCGAGCGCCGCACCGACGCCUUGCGCGCAAUGAAACAAUACAACGACGUUCCGCUGGACGGUCGUCCGAUGAAAAUCGAAAUCGUUAUAGACAAGCCUGUCGCAGGCGGCAAAGUUCUCGCCGGCCGUAUCGGGAAGAAACCCGCAGCCCCUGUGAGGCCCCAGGCACAGAGACCCCAACGAGGCGGAGGACGCCCCGGACGACAAGGAGCAGGCCGCGGAGGUCGGGGCGGCGCCGCUGGCGCCGGAGCCAAGCGAGCUCCGGCGAAGAAGACUCCCACCAAGGAACAGUUGGAUGCCGAGCUGGACGCAUACGUUUCGAAGAUGGACACAAAUUGA